AUGGUAAAAUUUCGGUUUUUUUUUGACAAAUUUGAAUGUGGGUUUUAUCUUAUUUGGUAAUGUAUGUUUCGCAUAGCCAUGUGUUGAAUGCAUGUAAGUCUGUUAUACAUAGUCUUCUAAGUAGUGGAACUUUCAUAGGUUCUCGGAGUUCUUUGAGUAAGGAAAGAUAUGAUAGAGCUGGUGCUGCAAAGAGCUUAUUAGACUCCCAUGCCACCACAGUGGAAUGUAUUGGAGUAGAAAGAGAAGAACAGGAAGAGGAAGACAAUAUGGCAGCAACAUUGUUGGUUUCAUGCAAUCCAAAUGUAAACCAUGCAUGUAGAAUUGAUAAUCCAUCAUUACCCAAAUCUUUCAUGGGUGUUGGACACAAAAUCCCGGAUCAAACUAUAGCAAGUAUAAACCAAUGCUAUCAUAGCUCUCAAACCAAGAGGUCAUCUCAUCGAUUUUCUGUCUCUGCUGUAAGCAAAGGUUCUGCAAAAUCAAGCAAGUCUGACGAGAAAAUCCCGUCUUGGGCUAAACCAGAUUCUGAGGAGCCCCCUCCUUGGGCCCAGAGUGAAGGAAAGAAAGGUGAUUUAGAACAAGGAUUUGAGGUUCCAUUUUAUGUUUAUCUACUUGCCUCGGCUGUCACUGCAAUUGCUGCUAUAGGUUCUGUUUUUGAGUAUGUGAAUGAUAAGCCUGUCUUUGGAGUUUUGUACUCAGACAGCAUAUUCUAUGCUCCAGUGCUUGGAUUCUUUGCAUUUACCGGCAUUCCCACUUCUGCAUUCCUGUGGUUCAGAUCUGUUCAGGCCGCUAACAGAGAAGCUGAGGAGCAAGACAAGAGGGAUGGCUAUCGGUAGGUUCUAAAUCUCGCCUGUAAGGCAUUAAUAGCCAUCUAGUCUUAAAAUCUCUGCAAAAGUAUAUGUUUACUUUCUCUCCUGUCAUGUAAAGGAAUCCUUAUCAUUUGUUGUAACUAGCUGCAAACAAAUAAAUCUUAUAUUUUGGAA